AUGGCUUCGCAACCGCCCUUCCCGGCGCCGCUGACAGGCUCGCUGCAGCUGUACCAGAAGAAACCGAUUGCGCUGCCGUACUUUGAUUCGGAUCCGGAUCUGCCGCACUCGCUCGUCUUCAUUCCGGGCCUCACGGAUACGAUCGGAACCCUCCCGUACCUGCCGGAACUCGCUGCUGCUAUCCGCAAGCAUGGCUUCUCGCUGGUCCAGCCGCAGAUGACAUGCAAUCUGGGCGGCUAUGGGCUGUGCUCGCUCGAGGGAGACGCGCAGGAGAUGGCGGCGUGCGUGUCGUAUCUGCGCAGCACGACCAGCAAGCGCAGCGGCAAAGUGGUCUUGAUGGGCCACUCGACCGGAUGCCAAGACAUCGUCGCGUACCUACUCUCAGCCCAGCGUGCCGCAAGUGCGCUCACCAGGAUCGAUGCAGCCGUGUUGCAAGCGCCCGUGUCGGAUCGUGAGUUUUUCGAGCUCACGCGAAGCUCGGCUCAGGAGCAGGUCCGUGCCGAUAUGGACCGCGAGCUCCAACACGCCACGCAGCUGCAUCUCAGUGGCAAGGAUGCCCAGCUCGUACCCCGCAAGCUGACCGACGGCAUCGCUCUGCCGACCACGCCCCAAGACCUGCCAGACGAGGCGGUCGAAGGCCAGGCCAACACGGGCAACGCUUCCGCCGUGCUCUCACCCGCCAUGACGGCGUAUCGCAUGUGGUCGCUCAAUGCGCGCGGAGGCCACGACGACUUCUUCAGCUCCGACCUGGACGAUCACCAGAUCACCGACACCCACCCGGGCGCUCGCACCGUGGGCAGAGCCGUCCAAAACCUCGCGCACGGCUCGCCCAGCACCGCCCGCCUCUUGGCCCUCAUCGGCGAGAAAGACGAGUAUCUGCCCGACGGCGCCGCCGACAUCCUGCUCAGCCGAUGGAAUGGACUGCUCGAUUCCACCGGAGCCUUUCGAGCCAUGAUCGUGCCCGACGCCAACCACCAGGCAUCCACGCCUACAGCUACAACGCACCUGCUCACCACGCUCGACGACUUGCUGCAGUCGCUGACUUAA